GAGGGAGCGCUGGGCGCGGCGGAGUCGGGUUUCAGAGCGCGGGUGACUCAGGGCGCGGGGAGCCGGGAGCCUGCCCGCCGGCCGCUCCAGCGCCGCCUUUGUUCCCGCAGGAAGCGCGCGCGGCCGCCCGUCGCCUCCGCGGAGCUCGGCCGCUUGCUUAGCGCCUCCGGGGCCGGGCAGAGCCGCGAGAUGGAGCCAAGGAGGAACGAGCGGCGUUGGUUCCUGCCGCGGCUGCUUUGGGUCUCCGCGCUUCUCUCCGCUGCCGACCGGACCCGCGCGGAGACAGCACCGCCUUCCCAGGCCCACCUGGACCUCAUGGAGAUCAUCGGCCUCCCGCUGUCGCCGUCCGUGUCCUUCGUCACGGGCUACGGGGGCUUCCCGGCCUACAGCUUCGGGCCCGGCGCCAACGUGGGCCGCCCGGCCAGCGUGCUCCUGCCGCCCGCCUUCUUCCGGGACUUCGCCAUCAGCGUCACCGUGAAGCCCGGCAGCGACCGCGGCGGCGUGCUCUUCGCCGUCACGGACACCUUCCAGACGGUCGUCCACCUGGGCCUGCAGCUCUCGGCCGUGGCGGACGGCCAGCAGCGGGUCAUCCUCUACUACACGGAGCCCGGCUCGGCCGUGUCCCAGGAGGCCGCCGCCUUCUCCGUGCCCGUCAUGACCCACCGGUGGAACCGCUUCGAUGUGAUCGUGGAGGGCGAGGAAGUGACCCUCGUGCUGGACUGCGAGGAGCACAGCCGCGUCCCCUUCCAGCGCUCCUCCCGGGCCUUGGUGUUCGAGCCCCGAGCGGGGAUCUUCGUGGGCAGCGCCGGGGCCAAGCAGCUGGAGAAAUUCAUCGGUUCCAUACAGCAGCUCACCAUCCACCCCGACCCCAGGGCUCCGGAGAAACGGUGUGAAGUCGAGGAAUCCUCGGCAUCCGGAGAGGCCAGCGGGCUUCAGGAGACAGACGGAGUCGCUGAGAUCUUAGACGCUGACACCUACACUCAAGCCCCGCCUAAAGAAUCAAAAGUUGAACCCAUUAACACACCUCCAACUCCAACCUUUCCCUCCAAGGAUUCAGAACUUUCUAGGGAACCUGUACCUGAGGGGACCCUGAAAACCCCCAACCUGAGUGCCAUCCUGAACAGCAGCGCUGAGCAAGGGUCUGGUGACAUCCUGAAUGACACUCUGGAGGAAGUCCAUACUAUGAACCGGGUCCCCAUUACAGACCCUGGCUCGGGGGAUGGGGCCUUCCUUCAUGUCACUGGAGAGAGUCCACACACUGUAGAAGAUUUGGCAACAACAGUAGCAACCAGAGAAGCCAACGUGACCAUCGACACUGCCUGGGAAGCCGAAGUGACCUUCAGCACUGCAGGGGAAGCUAACGUGACCGUCAGCACUGCAGAGGAAGCCGAGGAGGGCAGGGUGCCCACCGGGGACCCCACCCUCUCCAUGCCCACCGUGGAACCUGGGGAAGGGGCCACCCCAAGUCCAGAGACUGAAGAAGGCUCGGCAGAGAUAUCAGGGGAGGAGGCCGAGAUGCCCACCAGCACUGACGGGGACGCACAGGCCAGCACAGUGGCCACCGGGGAACCAGCCCUCUUCAUGUCCACGCAGGAGCCUGAGGAAGGGGUCAGUCUGGGCCCGGUCAGUGAAGGGAGUUUGACAACAGCAGCAGAAAUGCCCCUUAGCACCUGCGAGGAUGAGGAAGAGGAAGAAGCCCGCAAGGUUCCCACCAGUGGCCCCCCUCCUGGCACACGCACAGCGGCCCCUGAGCAAGCAGUCACGUUUGGUCCUAGUGAGGACGAUUUGGCAGCAGCCACCACGGAGGAGCCCCUGUCCGGGGCUGGCGCGGAGGAGCCGGGCAGCGUUCCCCCCGAGGGGCGCCCGCUGCCCAUACCCACGGUCACUCCUGCCACAGCGGUCCCUCCGGUCACGGCAUCGGUGGGAGCAGAGGCGGAGGGCUCUGGCCUGGGCUGGGACCCAGAAGUCGGCUCAGGCUCUGGUGACCUGGGGCCCAGUGAGGAGCUGCUAAGAGGCCCCCCGGGCCCCCCAGGCCCACCUGGCUUACCUGGGACUCCAGGGAAACCGGGAACAGAUGUGUUCAUGGGCCCCCCUGGAUCUCCUGGAGAGGAUGGAGCUGCCGGUGAACCUGGGCCCCGGGGCCCCAGGGGACAGCCUGGACUUGAUGGAGCCUCUGGCCGCCCUGGGACAAAAGGGGAGAAGGGAGCAAGAGGGCCUAAUGGCUCAGUCGGUGAAAAGGGUGACCCCGGCAACAGAGGCUCACCAGGACCCCCAGGGAAAAAUGGACAAGUUGGCAUCAUGGGACCCCCAGGGCCUCCUGGACCCCCAGGACCCCCAGGCCCAGAGUGUACAAUGGAACCUGAAUUUGAGUAUAUCGAAGGCUCUGGAAACAUCAGGCCACGGCAGGAACCCAGAAUCUCAGGACCAAAUGGUCUCAAAGGAGAAAAAGGAGACCCGGGAAUCAAGGGUGAAAGAGGGAUGGAUGGAGCCAGCAUUGUGGGACCUCCUGGGCCCAGGGGACCACCAGGGCGCAUCGAGGUCUUGCCUAGUUCUCUGAUCAACAUGACCCAUGGAUCCAUGAACCUCUCCGACAUUCCCGAGCUCGCUGGGCCUCCGGGCCCGGAUGGCAUGCCUGGGCUGCCAGGGUUUCCAGGCCCUAGAGGACCAAAAGGAGACACCGGUGUGCCUGGAUUUCCAGGACUCAAAGGAGAACAGGGCGAGAAGGGAGAGGCAGGCGCCAUCCUGUCAGGAGACGUUCCUCUGGAAAGGCUGAGGGGGGAAAAGGGUGAACCUGGAGCACACGGAGCCCCAGGACCAAUGGGGCCCAAAGGACCGCCAGGACACAAAGGAGAAUUUGGCCUCCCUGGACGACCUGGUCGUCCAGGACUGAAUGGCUUCAAGGGUGCCAAAGGAGACCGCGGGGUCAUGAUGCCGGGCCCACCUGGCUUACCUGGCCCUCCAGGCCCCCCUGGACCGCCGGGAGCAGUGAUUAACAUCAAAGGAGCUGUCUUCCCCAUACCAACCCGGCCACACUGCAAGAUGCCAGUUGGUGCCGCUCAUCCUGGGAAUUCAGAACUCAUCACCUUUCAUGGUGUUAAAGGAGAAAAAGGAACCUGGGGUCUUCCCGGCUCCAAAGGAGAAAAAGGCGACCAGGGGGCCCAGGGACCGCCAGGCCCUCCGAUGGACCCGGCGUACCUGAGACAUUUUAUAAACAGCAUGAAGGGAGAGAACGGAGACAGGGGGUUUAAAGGAGAAAAAGGAGACUCUAUCAGUGACUUCUCUGUGUCAGGACCUCCAGGCCGGCCAGGAAGUCCAGGCCAGGCUGGUCAGAAAGGGGAGGCUAUCGUUGGGCCCCAGGGACCCCCAGGUGUUCCUGGCCUCCCUGGGCCACCUGGCUAUGGAAGACCUGGUUCUCCUGGGCCACCGGGACCCCCAGGGCCACCAGGACCUCCAGCUAUCCUAGGGGCAGCUGUGGCCCUGCCAGGCCCACCUGGUCCUCCAGGACAGCCAGGGCUUCCCGGAUCCAGAAACCUGGUUACAGCCCUGAGCAGCAUGGCUGACAUGCUGCAGUACGCACAUCUGGUGACAGAAGGGACGUUCAUCUACCUGAGGGACAGCACCGAGUUUUUCAUUCGUGUCAGAAAUGGUUGGAAAAAAUUACAGCUGGGAGAACUGAUCCCCAUUCCUGCCGACAGCCCUCCACCCCCUGCGCUCUCCAGCAACAACCCACCUUCGAGACAGGUACUAUCAUCCCAUUUUGCAGAUGAGGAAACAGGCUCUGAAGAGCCUCAUCCGCUUCGACCUCCACUGAUGCCUGUUUCAAGUGUCAAUUAUGGGAAGCCUGAACUGCAUUUGAUUGCUCUGAACAUGCCAUUUUCUGGGGACAUUCGAGCUGAUUUCCAGUGCUUCCAGCAGGCCAGGGAUGCAGGACUGUUGUCCACCUACCGAGCAUUCUUAUCCACCCAUCUGCAAGAUCUCUCCACAAUUGUGAGGAAAGCAGAGCGAUAUAGCCUACCAAUAGUAAAUCUCAAGGGCCAAGUACUUUUCAAUAAUUGGGACUCAAUUUUUUCUGGCCAUGGAGGUCAGUUCAGUACACAUGUUCCAAUAUACUCCUUUGAUGGCCGAGACGUGAUGACAGAUCCUUCUUGGCCCCAGAAGGUUGUUUGGCAUGGCUCCAACCCCCACGGAGUGCGUCUGGAGGAUCAGUACUGUGAAGCAUGGCGAACCGCCAGCACGGCAGUCACGGGAUUGGCCUCCCCGCUGAGCACGGGGAAGAUUCUGGACCAGAAAGCAUAUAGCUGCUCGAGUAGGCUAAUUGUUCUCUGUAUCGAAAACAGUUUCUUGACCGACGCUAGGAAGUAAUGACCUUCCCAUGACCUUAAGAGUUCCCUAAUUUUUCUUAUGUGAAGAGUUGACACUGAAAUCUAAAACCUUUAAAUGUUGUAAAUAUUGGUGGUUUUUGUUAUUACACAUUCAUCACAACAGCAACCAAAGAAAACAUACCUCAACACACUCAAAACUGAAGACAUCAACAACUCAGAUCAAAGAUAAACACCUGAUCCACAUAUUGGUGCUAGACUCCGCAGGAAACCCCAGGCAGUGCGAACACAUCCCAACGCGGCCGAGAGCACGUUGUAGACAAAAGGCCUUGGCAUGCUCCCGACUGCAUCCUUCAGAAAGUAAUUUCCUCUUUUCAGCCAUUGUUGUUGAGUGUAAGAUGUCCUUCAUGUUUUCUUACAAAGUCGGUGUUUAGAAAUAUUACCCCUCUUUAAGUUAUGUGCAGACCCAGUGCUUUAUUCUUUAAUAUACACCCAUCAUUUGCAACUGCUGUUCGGUUGAGAUACCGAAGUGCUCAAAUGAUCCUAUCUGUAGUUUCUGGUAUUAUCAGAUUUUAAUGUUUUUAUUUUCUAAAAUAUUGUCCUCAUGCUUUAGGAGUUUUAUAUUUUUGCUACAAUCAUAUUUUAGUAUGGCAUCUGUUUAUAUAUCACUCUGACUUGCUGGAAAAGUUUAAACUCCCAGUUAUCUGAAACUAGAUAAGAAAUAACACGUAAUUCCUACCUUUCCCUUGGUGGUCCUUUCCCCCCCCCCCCCCACACCCUGAUUUUAUGAUUUCCAUUUGGCAACUCUUGAAUUAUAACUGCGAUUGAACAAAUGGGUUCAUGAGGAUGGAUUUGCUGAGAUACCUAUAUUUCAUGCUGUAUACUUUGAUCUUUUUUUCCAUGUAAGUGAACAUAAAAACAUCUUUUCCAGGCGC